CUAACAACUAUCAUGCUCAGAGAUAAUUUUAGAAACCCAACAAACAGAAACAAGAUAUAUAAGCAUACACACAUGUCUUCAAAUUUGUAAAACAACAAGCCAAUCUCCACCAUAAAAGUAAACGAACCAAAGAAGACAAUGAAGAUUCAAAUAUUAUUGUUCGCUUUGGUUUUAAUCUUCGUGGAAGCUAAUGCAGCGACGCAAGGAAAAAACACAACAAUCCCAGCACUAAUAGUUUUUGGAGAUUCAAUAAUGGAUACAGGAAAUAACAAUAAUCUUCCCACUCUUCUAAAGUGUAACUUUCCUCCAUAUGGAAAAGAUUAUCCUGGAGGCUUCGCUACUGGAAGAUUUUCUGAUGGAAGAGUUCCUUCUGAUCUUAUUGCGGAAAAGUUGGGAUUGGCUAAGACAUUACCAGCAUAUAUGAAUCCGUAUUUGAAGCCAGAGGAUCUUCUUAAAGGUGUAACAUUUGCAUCUGGAGGAACUGGUUAUGAUCCAUUGACAGCAAAAAUUAUGUCAGUAAUAUCGGUGUGGGAUCAACUCAUAAAUUUCAAAGAAUAUAUAUCAAAGAUCAAGAGGCAUUUCGGAGAAGAAAAAGCCAAAGAUAUCUUGGAACAUAGUUUCUUUCUUGUGGUGUCUAGUAGCAAUGACCUUGCUCACACUUAUUUAGCUCAAACUCAUCGAUAUGAUCGUACCUCUUAUGCCAAUUUCUUGGCUGACUCUGCUGUCCAUUUCGUGAGAGAAUUACAUAAGCUUGGAGCUCGGAAAAUAGGAGUGUUUAGUGCAGUCCCCGUCGGUUGUGUUCCACUCCAAAGAACAGUUUUUGGAGGUUUUUUUACAAGAGGAUGUAAUCAACCUCUAAACAACAUGGCAAAACAAUUUAACGCAAGACUUUCUCCAGCUUUAGAUUCUUUAGAUAAAGAGCUAGAUGGUGUUAUCCUUUACAUUAAUGUUUAUGAUACUCUUUUCGACAUGAUCCAACACCCUAAAAAAUACGGUUUUGAGGUAGCUGAUAGAGGAUGUUGCGGUAAAGGAUUGCUUGCGAUAUCCUAUUUGUGUAACUCAUUGAACCCAUUUACGUGUUCUAAUUCUUCAGCAUACAUAUUUUGGGAUAGCUAUCAUCCAUCUGAAAGAGCUUAUCAAGUUAUCGUCGACAAUUUACUCGACAAAUAUUUGAGCAAAGUCUAUUGAUGUUGAACAUCUGAAUAUUGUUUUUUUGUUCUUUUUAUUCUCAUUCUCUUAUGUAUACAUUCAUUACUCAAUUUUUUAAUGUACUAUACUAUAUCUUUA